AUGUUGCUGUGUAUUGCUACUUAUAUCGGUGUGACUUCUGGUGCUUCAAUCAGUAUCUUUAUCACAUGCAUUCUGAUGAAACUUAAAGCGUUUCAGGCAUAUUAUUCAAAUGUACAUUUUACAAUGGUUAUCAAUGGAUCAAAACUGAAAAAGCCUACAAAAUACGUACAUUUAUAUUCAAUAAAUGCCAAGUAUGUGAUAUAUGUAUCUGGUCACUUUGAUUACAAGAUUCAUCAGGCCCUCGAUUAUGACAUGGACCUUCUUGGACUGUUCGGCUUGUUCAAGCAAGACCAUCUUACUCUGGAAUUAGAAGAAAACAAAGGGGUUUGGUUCAAGACAUAUUCCAGUCAGGCAGGGGAAUGUCUUGGAGCACUUCUUUGGCAGUCCAUACUAGCCAUUUCUACCAUCACAGCCAAAAUUCUUAGAGGUGAGGAAUCCCAAUUCACCCUCAAAGGCGUAACUAAUUUAAAUGUCUUUAUCAUUCAUAUCACCCCGCGCCAGAAUAUUGCUUCGGUCAAAGGCUAA